AUGUUGACCCCUUUGACUAACAUUCGCGGUCUGUCCACCCGUCGACAGAUAGUCUUCGUCACACGAUUUGCAUCAGUUGAUCGGAUCCCAUUCAUCAUCAAACAAAACACGCUUCCCAUAAAGUGGCAGAUGAACUCGGAGGAGGAAACCGUUCUGCGAGCUAUUGUCAUCUCUUCGUCGGAUAAGUGGUCUGGUCAGCCGAUAACACUAGCGGAUAGACAAGCCGCGAAUGGGAUUCUCGCCAAUUUCUCAACCUUUGAUGGACGUAUACAACUCAGUCUUAAAUGGCUGCAACUUCCUCAAGUGAUUGCAGAUGGAAGCAAUGAUUGCACACUAUCUGCAAAGCUGUAUGCUUGUGAAAUACUGGCCGGAGUCUUCAAAUCCAAGUAUGCUACACUAUCUGAUCAAGAAAAAGGAACCAUCAGGGCUGCUCUCUUGAGCCAAGCGCAACAACAAGCACGUUUGGCAAUCACCGAUUCUCGCAUUCUUCCCAACAAGGUGGCUAGUCUUAUUGCUGGUCUUGUCGUUAGAGACUUUCCCCAAAGAUGGAAUACUGCCAUCACGGACAUAUUUGGAACAUUAUGGUCAACAGACGGUCCUACGAUGGGUGUCAAGAUUUGUUUAGAAGUUCUAAAGCUGGUCGCUGAAGAUUGUACCGAUAGUGAUUACAAUGCAAAGAUUUCGACCCAACGAAGAAAUGAUAUUCUGAUUGGUCUGAAUGAAACGUCCCAUCACUUUCUGCCUCUACUUUUUCGAUUACUAGAAGAAGUGGCUACGUUGUCUCAAGGGAAGAUGAGCCUUCAUCAAAUGCGACAAUACUUGCUGCAGCAGAAUCAAACUAUUGCAUCCAUGACUCCCGAGCAAUCCGCUCAAUAUCAACUGGAGGAAAACAAGGUUCGGGCAGUGACUGUUGCCAUUGUAGAUACGUUAUUAACCUUGGAAGAAUUUUGUCGAAGCAUGCCAUUAGAUUGGAUAUUAAGUCCACAGCACGAUUUCGGAGCUGCAUGCUUCCAUUUGAUUCGAGAAAGCACAGGAGGAAUUCAAGUGCGCGCCCUUACAUGUUUGGAGCAUUUGUGUCUGAGAGGAAAGUUGACUUAUGACCAAUGGAUCAAGUGGAUUAAUGAUCUUCCGCAAGUUAUACAACAGGCCAAUCAAGUCAUGGCGGGGGACCUCGAAUACAAACAAGUCAACGAUGCUGCUGCUGGAAUCAACGAUCCAAGCUUUGAUGCCUUGAGCGAACAACUGGAGUUUCAUCUAGCCCUCUCUCGCAUGCUGGCAGCACUGGUCUUGGCCCAUAUCGCACAUGUGACGCAUGAUAAAAAGAUUUUGAAAAGUGGGAGCCCAGAUCAGCUAGCUUUUUCCACCUACCUGCGACUGCUAGUCGACAUGUUGCAUCACCCAUCUGGAUUGAUCUGCAGCAGUCAGCUAGCGCUUUGGAUAGCAAUGCUAAGGGAUCCUCAAAUAUCGAGGAAGAAAUUAUUACAGCCAUUUAUCUCGGAAAUUUUGAUCUGUUACAUGGAUCAAAUUAUAAAGAUACGAUGGGACGAUGUGGACGACGGAACGCACCCACAAAGUACACUGAUGGAAGCAAGCUGGGACGAUGACGAAGAAUAUGACCGAUGGAUAAUGGAUUUUCGAUCAAAAACAAGCCAACUUUUCAAGCAUAUUGGCAAUUGCGAACCCGACACUGCUGCCACAGUCCUCCUCACCCGAAUGCAAGCCAUGUUUGCGGCUUCCGCUAAUGGUGAACCGCGAACCCAUCUACACGCCCAAAAUCAGCAACUGACUCACGAUAGUGAAGCAGUACGACAAUUCGAGGCCACCGUUCAGCCAAUUGAAAACAUUCUUCAAGGAAUGCCGACUUGGUCACUCUCGAAACCUCAGAAUGGAAAGCAGAACAACAACAAAAGGGAACGUCGAAACCGAACUGUCUCGUGUCUCUCAGAAAUAGCCAACCUAGUGGUGAGCUGGAACCCUGCAUACCUUUGGUUACGGUUUCGCCAGGUUCAGUUGCUCGAGACACUGCGUCACUUCUGGAGCCAUGAAGACUCGACACUUCUUCAGGGCAUUGAUUUAUUGUUGCGUUAUAUUGGGGCUCCAGACGAGUUUGGAGACGGCUCUAUUGAGCUGGAUGGAACGAAGCGAAUCAGCGGGGAAACAAUUGCGUUGCGAAAGAAGAGCAGUACUGCUCUGGUUUCAGUUUCCAAACAAGUUCCUCAGAAUCUGGUUCCAUACAUACCUCAGCUAACUGACGCAACACGCAUGUUGUUAUCAUCUCCAGAGAUCCAUCCGACCAAUCGAAUGCACCUUUACGAAUUUCUUUCAGGCGUAGCUACAGCCGUUGACGAUCCAGUUCAACGGGCAACGUUUGUGAGCAAUGUACUUGCCGAUGCUAUCAACAUCCUUCAGUCGAAAGAGACCCAGGACUCAAUCUCAUCCGUGCAAGGCAUUCUAAACCUGAUAGGAGUUGCACAAGCUGGACAGAAUCCAGCGACUGUAACGGACCCCGCACAUGUCAAGACCGUGACCGAUCGAUUCGCCGCGAUUUUCUCCGCUUUUAAUCAAUUGCUAUCUGUUGGAAAAAGAUGUCACGAAGCCAACAAGAAACGCCCAACAGGAGGACUCCCAAUGGUUUCUCAAGCUACCAACAUUUCAUCCGAUCCAAAUGAACAGAACUUCCCUGACGAAGGACCUGUCAGUACCCAAGAUCUUUCAAUAGGCGAUCCAUUUGUGCCAUUGUGGAUCCACAUUCUACCAGCUGUUCUCAGUGUCUUGGAGUCGUUGAUGCAAAUGUGGAGACCAGAAAAUCAAGCACAUCUUCUUGCCAACAGAAUUCAAAGAUAUUCUUUAGCCAUCUCAGACGAUGAAGUUUACUUGUCCAAGAAACAAAGUAGCAAGUCUGGCGGUGUGUUUGGUGAAGGCGGCACAGCAGGUAGCGUCAUUUCUGGAGUCAGUCGCAGAGACUUGAACUUGGCUCCGAAAUGGAGUGGUUGGUUGAAUGAACUGCGUAAUUCUUGCUUUCAGUUGCUCGGGCUUGCGUCUGCACAACGUGCUUUGUAUACACCUGAAUUACAGCCCCUGUUCAUGCGCUUUGUCCAAGUGGUCGCUGACCCGCAAAGUCUCCAGGCAAUGGAAAACAGACACUGCACUCAAUAUUUAAAAUCAUUCAUUGAAAUCUUGUUGUUGACAUGCCCCAAAACCCUUUACAUGACUCAUCUAGCUCCCAUCAUUGGCCCACUAUGUGAACAUAUGAAAUUUCGUCUAGAGAAGUCAUGGGAGCCGAUUCUAAAGGCAACGCGAUCGCGACCACUAUCCACUGGUGACUGUGAAGCUGCGGCAGCGGUAGCUAUUCGUGGAGGGGAUGAAUGGUGGACUGAGUACUAUUCCCGAUCAGGGUUGUUUGUCGGUGAUCUUGACGCUGACACCGCAGAGACUGCUGUUGAGAAAACUCGCAUAGAAGUGACAAGAAUGUUCUGUGAUGUAAUCCAAUCUGCUUUGGCACUCAAAGGUGAUUGGGCAUUGACGCUUGCAAAUUUGGCUAGAGAAGAACAAACGCAGAAACAAAAACACACUAGCAAGGGUACAAAAGGCCCACCAAAUCGUUUCACUGAAGGCCUUAUCAAUGCAGAUGGAACCCCGAAAAGCGAGAAUCAAGCAGCAAUUGAUGUACGGAAGCUUGCUCGCAUCUCGGCAAUGUGCAAUUUCUUAUUCCUGGAGCAUGAGCAAACCGCUGGCUUCUUAAUGUUGACACUCAUUCAAUGUUUAGAGUACCCGGAUGCAUACACAUGCCGGCGGGUAACGAAAAUUUGUCAUCGUUGUCUAGAGGCGGUUGCAUGGCACCCUCGAUACACCGAGUUUUUAGGCUCUCAAAUGUUCUCCGUAGCAGUGAAGAAUGUCGUUGUCGAACCCAAGUGGAUGGUUGGAAUGGAAUGGGACAUGAUCAAUGUUGUUCGAGAUAUUUACUGCAGACUGGUUUGUGGCCAAGUUGUUCAACCUGGUGGCCAAGGAGCGGCCCUACAGCAACCUGCAUCAUCAAGCAACUCGUCAACUUAUGAACAAGCAAAAACAGCAGAUCGACCACUGCAGGGUGGUGGCAUCUUGACCACUCCCAGUGCUCUCCCUCAGAAUGUGCUGCUUAGUCUGCCUGGCAUUACAGCGCAAAUGAUCGAGCAACUGAAUCAGGACCUAAAACGAAAGCGGGCUUCUAAAGACCAGAAGGAUUUCAUCAAGGACUUCUUGCGCAUUGCGGCAGACAACUACAGCAUAGCGCAACCAGAAUCUCUUGGCAUCGAUAGACUGGAUCGUGCAACCAAGAAAGAGUCAUUGCUUCACAGCAACACUAUCGUCAACGAAAUCACAGAUCCCAUCGCAACAAAUCCUUCCAGGAAGAAGAAAGCUUCACGGAAAUCGAAGAUGGUAAAUCAGCCAACUGGCCUUACUGCCUUUCAUCUCAGUUGA